CAUGAGUAGUGUGGAUACAGUUAAGGAUGAUGAUCUUCCUGGAUUUCGGUUUCAUCCCACAGAUGAAGAACUUGUUUCCUUUUAUCUUCGUCGGAAGAUCGAGAAGCAGCUAAUCAGUCUUGAAUUCAUCAAGCAGAUUGACAUCUACAAAUAUGACCCCUGGGAUCUUGCAAAAAAUAACAAUACUGUUACAGACAACGAGUGGUACUUCUUUUGCAAAAGAGGGAGAAAGUAUAGGAAUAGCGUAAGACCGAAUAGAGUCACGGGGUCAGGAUUUUGGAAGGCAACAGGCAUAGACAAGCCAAUAUAUUCAGCUGAAGGACAAGGCCAUGGCCGCAUUGGACUCAAGAAAUCACUAGUAUACUACCGCGGAAGUGCAGGAAAAGGAACCAAAACUGAAUGGAUGAUGCAUGAAUUUCGCCUCCCAGCAGACCAAAAAAAUGCCCAGGCUGCUGAUGAAGAAGUUGAAAUAUGGACACUAUGUAGAAUUUUGAAGAGAAAUAUGUCAAGUAGGAGUGCGAGACCGGGUUGGAGAGAUGCAUCUGCAAAACGCAAUCCAACGAAUACCAGACCUAAAACAUGCACUGUGGAUUCGGAAAACCGGGAAGGUUACACUACUUUUGGAGCUCCGGUGGGUGCUCAUAAUGAGAAGAAGCCUGUUCAUGGUCAUAAUGUAGAAGAAAGGAAUCAGUUGCAUGUAGGUUCAGAGCCAGAGUCAUGCUCAAGUGUUUUGGGUAAUGAGGCUAGGGAAUUCUUCACACAUGGAAACUGGGAUGAGAUAGUAUCAGCCAUGGAGAAUGCUUUCGAUCCAAAUCAUCCGUAAAGAAAACUUUGCAGUUAUGCAUUUAGUUGAACUUGGUAUCAAGAUACACAACUUGUAUGUUUCAA